CAGAGCGGCGAGCGCCAGCCCAGCGUCUUCCUUGCCCUUUUGCCGCCGCUGAGGUAAACCGCCGGCCGCCCCCCCUCCGCCCCACGAGCCCCUUUUCGCCGCCGCUAUCAUGUACCGCUGCCUCGGGGAGCUCCUGGCGCCCGUCCGCGCUGCGGGCUCGCCGGCGCUGUCCGGCGCGGAGCCAUGCGCGGCUGCCCUGCUGGCGGGGAGCGGUCCGGGGAGGAGGAGGGCGACGACGACGAGUCGGGACGACGGCGGGCGCCGCCAAUACAGCCAAGCGGUGUCGGCGUCGGAGGACGACCCCAACUUCUUCAAGAUGGUGGAGGGCUUCUUCGACCGGGGCGCCGGCAUCGUGGAGGACAAGCUGGUGGAAGGGCUGCGCACCCGCGAGAGCCCCGAGGAGAAGCGGCACCGCGUCCGCGGCAUCCUGCGCAUCAUCAAGCCCUGCAACCACGUGCUCAGCGUCUCCUUCCCCAUCAAGCGGGAAAACGGCGAGUGGGAGGUGGUCGAGGGCUACCGGGCGCAGCACAGCCAGCACCGCACCCCCUGCAAGGGAGGUAUUCGGUACAGUACAGAAGUGAGUGUCGAUGAAGUGAAAGCUUUGGCUUCUCUAAUGACAUACAAAUGUGCCGUAGUGGACGUGCCGUUUGGUGGUGCAAAGGCUGGUGUAAAGAUCAAUCCUAGAAAUUAUACAGAUAAUGAAUUGGAAAAAAUCACAAGACGGUUUACCAUAGAACUCGCAAAGAAGGGCUUUAUUGGGCCUGGUGUUGAUGUGCCUGCUCCUGACAUGAGCACAGGUGAGAGGGAGAUGUCCUGGAUUGCAGACACCUAUGCCAAUACCAUAGGACACUAUGACAUUAAUGCCCAUGCUUGUGUCACGGGAAAGCCAAUAAGCCAAGGUGGUAUACAUGGUCGUAUCUCUGCCACAGGCCGUGGAGUCUUCCAUGGAAUUGAGAACUUCAUUAAUGAAGCAUCUUAUAUGAGUCUGUUGGGAAUGACUCCAGGAUUUGGGGAUAAGACAUUUGCUAUCCAGGGAUUUGGUAAUGUAGGAUUGCAUUCUAUGAGGUAUCUUCAUCGUUAUGGUGCAAAAUGUGUUGCCAUUGGAGAAAAAGAUGGCGCAAUCUGGAAUCCUGAUGGACUUGACCCAAAGGAGUUGGAAGAUUACAAAUUGCAACAUGGAUCGAUUCUCACCUACCCAAAGGCACAGCCCCUGGACUGCCACAUUCUUGAAGCAGACUGUGACAUCCUCAUCCCAGCUGCCAGUGAAAAACAGUUAACAAAGGCCAAUGCCCACAAGGUCAAAGCAAAAAUAAUUGCUGAAGGUGCUAACGGACCCACAACUCCCGAGGCAGAUAAAAUCUUCCUGGAAAGGAAUAUCAUGGUUAUUCCGGAUCUCUAUUUAAAUGCUGGUGGUGUAACUGUGUCUUACUUUGAGUGGCUGAAGAACCUGAACCACGUCAGCUAUGGUCGCUUGACUUUUAAAUAUGAAAGGGACUCAAACUACCACUUGCUAAUGUCUGUCCAGGAAAGCUUGGAAAGAAAGUUUGGGAAACAUGGUGGAAGUAUUCCAGUUGUGCCUACUGCAGAAUUCCAGGAUAGAAUAUCUGGUGCAUCUGAAAAAGACAUUGUCCAUUCUGGUUUGGCCUACACCAUGGAGCGUUCUGCUAGGCAAAUCAUGCGUACUGCUAUGAAGUACAAUCUAGGUCUAGACUUGAGAACAGCUGCCUACGUCAAUGCAAUUGAGAAAGUCUUCAAGGUGUACAAUGAAGCUGGCGUGACCUUCACAUAAACGGAUAGUCGUCUGCCAAGGUCUGGCACCCUGUUGCAUACCCUCUUCAGAAAGCGUAUUUCAAGUUUACAUAUAACCACAGAAACCCCUCUUUUCUCACUUAACUAUAGCGGAUAUGAUUCUCUGUUGGCUUCAGUUUGAGUUAGUCUUUCAUCAUUAAAAAAAUAAAUAAAUCUGGGGGUUAGUGCUUCAUGCCGAAAGAUAUCUAAAGAUAACCAGUUCAUAUGCACUUGUUUUGGGGGAAGGGGGGAGGUUCUAAGUAUUCUUUGCCAUGAAACUUUAAAAAAGGUACCUUUUUAUUGUAUGAACCUGUGGUCUAGCCACAAUAAGCAACCUAGCAAAGCUUCAGAUCACACGAGUGUGUGCUAUUGGAGCAAAUAGCCAACUAUUCAUGCACUUUGGUUUUCAAACAAUAACUCUCCCAGCUUUGGCACUUUGAAUAAAGGCCUUGGAUGAUCAAUGCAGUGGCAUUAUCAGUGACAGAACGGGCCUCCUGCAGGGAAUAUCUUUGAUAGGAUUCUCAUUUUUACACUUAGCAGCAUCAUAUACCUGGUUCCCCUUAGGCAGUGUGUUUCUUUUUAUAAUCUGUGCUCCUGUUACAGGGAUGCCUUUAAAUCAUGUACUCAUCCUCUACUCAAGCACUGCAAGGUGCACGUAAAAAGAUGGGUUCCGGGAGCUAGUAUUUUUAUAAGCUGAAGCAGUAUCAUUGUUGUACAGGCACCCAGCGAAAUUAUCUCUUGUGUUUAAUCUUAUCGCAGCAUAUUCAUUAAACUUGUUUUUUAAAAUAAGAAUUGACAUGUACUUGAGCAUAAUCUUAGGUAGUCCAAAGAACUUGUGUAGCCUCUUACUCAGUUGUGUUUUAUUGUCUGAGAGCUUUUAGCGUUAGCUAUUGCCUCAAUGAACAAUUAAAUCAUUGGCAACAAGGAGGCAAGCUGCUACUACAAACUUUGUGUAGUGUCCUAACAUGCUGACUUUGUUCUCUUUUUUUUUUUUGGCGGUUUGCAUAUUCUGAACAUAAAUAGUUUAAUACAGAGAGGGCCUUGAAGCCAGGACUCGAUCACAGUUUUGAGGAUUCUUGAUAGGUAUUUUGUCCAGAAGAGUCCUAUAAAAGUGCCAGGUGUAUUUAUGUAAUGAAUAUGAAUGUUUUUUUUAAAAAAACCCAAACCCAAGCCUUUCCAGAACUCAUGCUUUUUUCUAGCGACUUUGUAACUCAUGACAUAACAUGGUAACAAAAGCAAUUAUUAAAAGUUGACCUUUCCAAACA